AACUGAAUUUUCACACGAAGUCUCCCAAGAAUUUAAUUCCAUCACGCAGUCAACAAAAGACCGUCGACGGACUCUGCAUCGAGCAUUAAUAUACAUCAAUCUCUCUCUCUCCCUCUCUCUCUCUCACCCCCAACUACAAAGGGACCGGCUAGCUAGGGAGGAGAAAGCUUAAUUUCUAGGAGAGAGCUUAAUUUCUAUAUAUAUAUAUAUUUGCGGUGGCUGAAGAACCAAACCUCGAACUCGUACGUAGCUUAAUUACCCCGAUCGGCUAGAUCAGCCACAUGAACACCACACCGGCCUACGGAGCUGUCAGUCCAGCCGUGCCACUAUGGCUAAACAAGGGCGACAACGCAUGGCAAAUGACGGCGUCGACUCUCGUAGGCCUCCAGAGCAUGCCGGGCCUGGUCAUCCUCUAUGCCAGCAUUGUCAAGAAGAAAUGGGCAGUAAACUCGGCCUUCAUGGCUCUCUACGCCUUCGCCGCUGUGCUUAUCUGCUGGGUCCUCGUCUGCUACCGCAUGGCCUUCGGUGACGAACUCCUCCCCUUCUGGGGAAAGGGCGCACCCGCUCUUGGCCAAAAGUUCCUCGUCCACCAGGCCAGAGUCCCCGAGAGUAAGCACACUACUGAAGGUGGCCGUGAGGAGACCGUUGAGCCCUUUUAUCCGAUGGCCUCGCUCGUUUACUUCCAAUUCACUUUCGCCGCCAUUACCAUGAUUUUACUUGCUGGGUCUGUUCUGGGGCGCAUGAACAUCAAGGCGUGGAUGGCGUUUGUCCCUCUUUGGCUUGUGUUCUCCUACACCGUCGGAGCCUUUAGUCUUUGGGGUGGUGGCUUUUUGUAUCACUGGGGUGUCAUAGAUUACUCCGGCGGCUAUGUCAUCCAUCUUUCCUCAGGAAUCGCCGGUUUCACUGCCGCUUAUUGGGUUGGCCCGAGGCUAAAGAGUGACAGGGAGAGGUUUCCUCCCAACAACGUCUUGCUUAUGCUUGCCGGUGCGGGGCUGCUGUGGAUGGGAUGGUCAGGUUUCAAUGGUGGAGCACCAUACGCAGCAAACAUUGACGCUUCAAUAGCAGUGUUAAACACAAACAUAUGUGCGGCGACGAGUCUUCUUGUCUGGACGUCUCUGGACGUCGUCUUCUUCGGGAAGCCUUCGGUGAUAGGUGCUGUUCAAGGGAUGAUGACCGGACUAGUGUGCAUUACUCCAGGAGCAGGGUUGGUACAAUCGUGGGCGGCUAUAGUGAUGGGGAUUCUUUCUGGUAGCAUUCCAUGGGUGUCCAUGAUGAUCCUUCACAAAAAGUCUACUUUGCUACAAAAGGUGGACGACACUUUAGGUGUAUUUCACACGCACGCAGUGGCUGGGCUAUUGGGAGGGCUUCUCACUGGGCUUUUCGCAGAGCCAGAGCUUUGUGCACUCAUACUCCCAGUAAGCAACACAAGGGGCGCAUUCUAUGGCGGAAAUGGUGGAAAGCAAUUCCUCAAGCAACUGGUUGCAGCCUUGUUUGUGGCCGGUUGGAACUUAGUGUCCACGACCCUAAUUCUUCUGGCCAUAAGGUUGUUCAUCCCAUUGAGGAUGCCGGAUGAGGAACUGGCAAUUGGAGAUGACGCUGUGCAUGGAGAGGAGGCUUAUGCUCUUUGGGGUGAUGGAGAAAAAUAUGACCCUACAAAGCAUGGUUGGAAUACAUCAUCCUAUGCGCAGGACAUUACACCAUCUCCAUAUGUCAAUGGUGCUAGAGGUGUGACCAUCAAUUUGUAAGCCAACCGGUUUAAUUAUGUAUCAUUCCCGCCCACUUACGUUAGAAUUAAAUAUACCACACUAUAUAUAUAAUGCCUUGGAAAAUAGUUUUGUACAA